AUUCCAACAACUAAAUCUUCCACUCAGAUUGUGGAGCACAGAGAAGCAUUCCGCACGUCCAAUGCUUUGGAAAUUGUGAGCAAAUAUGAUGUGGUAGUUGAUGCAACAGACAAUGCUCCAAGCCGCUACAUGAUCAAUGAUUGCUGUGUUGUGCUUGGGAAGCCUCUUGUAUCUGGAGCUGCUCUAGGACUAGAAGGGCAGCUGACAGUUUACAAUUACAAUGGAGGUCCAUGCUAUCGAUGCCUAUUUCCAACUCCUCCACCCACAAAUGCUUGUCAGAGAUGUGCUGAUAGUGGAGUACUUGGAGUUGUUCCAGGUGUUAUUGGAUGUCUUCAAGCCUUAGAGGCCAUAAAGGUUGCUAGCUUGGUUGGAGAACCACUCUCCGGAAGAAUGCUUCUUUUGGAUGCCCUAUCAGGCCGGUUCCGUAAUGUCAAACUGCGUGGAAGGUCAUUGCAGUGCGAAGCUUGUGGAGAUGAUGCAGUACUGACAAGACAGACAUUUUCGGAGUUUGAUUAUGAAAAGUUUACUCAAACUCCACUAUCCACGGUUCCAUUGAAGUUGAACUUUCUUUCAGCGGAUGAUCGAAUCAGCAGCAAAGAGUACAAUGAGAAAGUGACGAAAGGAGAAGCACAUGUAUUAGUGGAUGUUCGACCAAGUCAUCACUAUAAGAUUGUUUCACUUCCCAACUCUAUGAACAUACCUCUAUCGACGUUGGAAGGUAGAUUGCCUGAAAUAUCUGCUGCUUUGGAAAAAGAGGCAAAUAAAGAGAAUGGUUCAAAUGCUUCUCUGUUUGUAAUAUGCAGAAGAGGCAAUGAUUCACAAGUUGCUGUUGAAUUGCUUCACAAAUUGGGUUUCACUUCAGCAAAGGAUAUAAUUGGGGGCUUAGAGUCAUGGACUCACAACGUGGAUCCAAAGUUCCCUACCUACUAACUAUAUUAUAUACCUACAAAAUUGUCAUUUAUUCCUCACUUAUUUUUUUUUUGCCUUUAAUCAUAAACUUAAUUUAUGUUUCCGAUUGAACUCUUAUUAUAGAUUUUAUUAAGUG